AUGGGUCUAUCAGAUAUAAAUGAGUGUGAAAUCGGUGCUGACAACUGUGACCGGAACGCUAUUUGCACAAACACAGCUGGUAGCUUUAAAUGUGGCUGCAAACCAGGCUGGCUAGGAGAUGGGAUCAAGUGUACAGAUCUGGAUGAAUGUUCCAAUGGCACACACCAGUGUAGCCCACAUGCUGAUUGCAAGAACACGGCGGGAUCAUAUCGUUGCUUAUGUAAAGAAGGCUAUACCGGGACUGGAUUGAUCUGUACAGAGUUAAUACUAGGAUAUAAAGAUAAAUGGAACCAUUUACAUCUUUCUUAUUUCAAAAUAAGUGGGAUCAAUAGUUACGUAGACCUUGAAGUAACUGUAAGAGAAGAGAUGGCAUCCGCAUGUACUUAUGAGGAAAUUAAACUUGUGGCCUCAUUCCUGGAGGAUUCAGACAUUGGUGUCAAGAUUCAGACAAUGCAUGCUCUCAAGGCUUUUGCUGGCAUCUGGAAAUUUAGAAUCAGAAUUCAGGAAUUCAUGCCCAAGAUUCUUGAAAUUAUCACUGAAUUAUGGGACACUGAUGUACACGUUGCUGGACUGAGAUUACUGAAUGGACUGCCAUGGCCAAAUCACAUGCAACCCCUCCUGAAAAAGCUCUUGCCCACCUUAAUGGACAUUCUGCAGAUGGGAAACAAUUUGGCUCAGGUGCAGAUUCUAAAAUUCCUUAGCACAUUAGCCCAGAAGGAAGAAUUGUUAUUUGAUAUCAUGAAUUGCCAGGUGCAUCCAGAAUUCCUCAGCCUAUUCCAACCUUCCCAGCUUGGAAGCCUUCUCUUUGAGCUGCUGGUGCUUGUGGAACGGCUUUGUGAGGGUCGCCUGACUCCUCACUACCAAUCAGGGCACUGGCAAUACAAUGAGUUGUCACUCUAUGAGGUCCUUUUUGGAAACAAUUCUCGGCUAGCUGAUUGUCUUCUCUCCCUCAUCAUUCAUCCCGAGGAAGAAGUGCAGAUUCAAGCCUGCAGAGUUAUUCUGAAACUGCAAUUAAAUGAGGAGGGAGAAAUGGCUGGUAUCCAGGGCACCAAUUCCUCUUUAAGCAAAUUCUUCUAUGAGAUCAGUGCUGAACCUAUCUAUUAGAUCCUUGCAGAAUUUAACACAGAAUUAAAUUCUCUUUAGAAAUAUAGAAAGAAAAUUAUUAUUUUGAAAAGAUAAAACCUUUCAAAUUGGAAAGUGCAUAUAGGAGAAAAGCAGGUUGGUAUUCAGUCAAGGGGCCAAACAAUCCCAGUGGCCUCUUGCACCAUAAAAGCAGAAAAACUCUUCCUCAAUAGUAAUAUCCCAGAACAGAGCAAUACUGAUAGCAUCCCUUAAGGAAGUCCAACUGGUAGAGCCAAGAAGGGUUUUCUCUGGUAGCUCCCUCCCUGUGGAACAUC